AUGGAUCAACGUCCAGGUCCCAGUGGGGUGGUUUAUCCAAUUCGAACACGCACAUUGGAUGAUGACAGUGACUUGGACUUGGAUCCAGACGACCCAGACGACCCGGGCGAUCCAGACAACGACAAUCUGGAUGAUUUGGAGUUUGGUUUGGUGUCUGAAGACGAGGACCCAAAUUACGAAGAAAACCCUCCAAACUGGAGCAAUCAUUGUGCCAUUGGGAUGAAAGAAAUUCCUUUCACAAAAGAGGAAGGUUUUCUGGUGCCAUUACCAGAAGAAAAAUCGCCGGUGAGUUUUUUUAAUCUACUGGUGGACGACCUUUUUUAUGAGAACAUUGUAAAGGCCACAAACGCCUAUGCAUUAGGUUUAUUUUGUGGACCGUCGACCCUCCCAAGAUCAAGAAUCACGAAGUUCAAAGACUUAACUGUGGAAGAACUGAAGAUUUUUAUUGCUCUAGUUAUCCAUAUGGGAGUUAUUGAGUUGCCCAAAAUCCAGGACUAUUGGAAAAAUAACAAACUGUUCAAAUCUUGUUUUUCGUCCUUCAUGAGCAGGGAUCGUUUUCUAAUCAUUAUGCGAUGCAUAAACUUUGAAGUUCGACCUGAUCCAAGUAAUCGUGCCAGCAAAGUGCAGUUUCUUGUGGACUACUUCAACAACAAAAUGAACCAGGUGUAUUACCCUCAAAAGAAACUAUGUGUUGACGAGUCAAUGGUUUUGUGGCGUGGGCGCCUAUACUUUAGGCAGUACAUCAAGGGUAAAAGACAUAAGUACGGAAUCAAACUGUACACCUUGUGUGACCCCCAUGGAUUGAUAGUGAAGUUCUUUAUGUACUGUGGUGUUUUGGAUGAUUUUGGAGGGAAAGGGCACGCAGCAAAUGUAGUGCUUCAUUUGAUGCAAAACAAGCUGAACUGUGGACACAGCUUAUUCCUGGACAAUUUCUAUAACAGCUUCUCCCUUGCGUCUGCGCUGUUGCGUAAGAACACGUACUGUACAGGUACACUAAGACUUGACAGAAAGUACAAUCCAACUGCAGUCAAGAACAAGAAGCUGAAAAAGGGUGAAACAGUUUGCCAGUAUUCUGAGGGGGUCAUGGUGGGUAAGUGGAAAGAUAAAAGAGUUGUGUCCUACAUUUCCACUGAAUUUACCAAUGAAAUGGUCACCUCCCUCAACAGAGUUAGGCUUGAGAGGACGAAACCACUCCCCAUCGUCCAGUACAAUCAUUUUAUGAAGGGAGUGGAUCGUGCCGAUCAAAUGAUGGCAUACUACCCCUGUGAGCGAAAAACGAUCAGGUGGUACAAAAAGAUAUUUAUACAUGUCUUACAGAUGCUGCUGUCCAACGCCCACUAUCUGUAUAAUGAAGUUGAAGUAGCAGCCGGGGGAAAGAAAAUGCCCCUCUACGAUUUCCGCCUGAGAGUCGUCGACGCAAUGCUGCCAGACACAGCACCGCCUGAGCGCCCCCUGAAGAGGAAGUCAGUGAUGCACACGCCAACGCGCAUCACUGAGCUGAAGCCAGAUGGCAAACGGCUAAAGCAGAAGCGCUGCAAGGUCUGCUCCUCCAACGGAAGAAGAAAGGACGUAACCUGGCACUGCUUAGAGUGCGAAGGCAGCCCGGGAUUUUGCGUCCCUAAGUGCUUCGACGACUUUCAUCAGUAA